AGAAACCAUCUGUCUCCUUUGUGUGCUGAGGAGAUAUUGUGAAGAGACAGAUUUAACAUGAUUGAGGAAGGCAUCAAUGAGAACCAAUGUCAUUGUUCUUCAAAAGAAUGUGGAAAUGAAGACUCUUCCAGGAAUGGACCCCCAGUCUCCGCUCUUCAUCAUGGGCUAACAGCGUCUCCCUCCAGAUGGAUACAAGUCCUGUUUGUUGUUCUCAGUCUGAGCCUGCUCUGUUCUCUCUGUGCUCUGGGUGCUAUAGGGGGCCUCUAUUUCAGAGGGAGAAACCAAUUUGGUUUAGUCGAUAUACAGGUGAACAAUCAGUUAAACAACACAGCAGAGCCUGUGAGGAGAACCUUGGUGUUCACGAAGGAAACCAACAACAGCUACGUAGAGCUUCUCCCUCAGAAGAAUCUUUCCAUGCAAGCAUUCACCCUGUGUAUGCGGCUGGGUACCGAACUGGCAUCUGGCAAAAGAGAAAUCAUCCUGUUCGCCUAUCGCACAGUGGACUUCGACGAGCUCAAUGUGUGGAGAGAAGCCGACAGCACGUACAUUCUGUACCUCCAGGGUAGCUAUGAUGGGGUCUCGUUCCACCUGCCUGAGCUCAACACUUUUGAGACCAACCUGUGUGUCACCUGGGAGUCUAAGUCUGGCUUGACCGCCUUCCAUGUAGAUGGGAAGAGGAGUGUUAGGAAGAUGUAUAAACAGGGAAACAUAGUGCAGCCAGGAGGUAGGGUUAUCCUCGGACAGGACCCCGACUCUCUCCUGGGGUCAUUUGACAUCAACCAGUGUUUUGUUGGAGAGAUCAGAGAUGUUAACAUGUGGGACUAUGUGCUUUCCGAUUCCAUGAUUGGAGCAUUGCAUGGUGGGAAACUUUUUCCCAAAGGGAACAUUUUUGACUGGGAAACUGUAAAGCUUCAGGUUAAUGGGAUAGACAAGGAGAUCAUUAAAACGCUGUGGGAUUAGUUUGUGUCUCAAUGCUCAGCCUAACUCAAAUACAGUUCCAUUAGGUUCCAUGAAUGGAUUUGGGAAAAGGUAAUUUUAGGAUUAUUAUUAAUUUUAAUCAUACAGGAAGCAACCAACUGGUCAUUACAUGCACUCAGAAUAUCACCAGUGUUAACGUGUGGGACUAUGUGUUUCCUGAUUCCAUGAUUGAACCAUUGCUUGAUGGGAAACAUUUACCCAAAUGGAAAAUUUGUGACUGGGAAUAUAGAAAUCUUCAGGUUAGCGGAACAGUCAAUGUGAUCACAAAAGUGCUGCCGGGCUAGGUUGUGUCCCAACGCUCAACUUAAAUCAACUCAAAUAUAGUUGGAGUUACCAUUAAUGGGUAAGGGGAAAGGUUAAAGGUCAUCUUAGGACUGAACAUUUACUAUUAUUUGACAUUUACUCUCACAGCCAGCAACCAACUGCUCAAUACAUGCACUUGCCAACUCCCAACAGCAUAGGCAGGCUUUCUUGAUCUACUAUCAUGUUAUUUCUGAAAGAUUUAACAUUUCUGUUUUGUAUCUUUUGGAACCAUUACUUUUCUGUCAAUGUGUGAUGAAUAUAUUAUCAUUCAAUGCAUGCAUUAUUUUUUAUACUUGGCUUUGGAAAAUUAAUUAGACAUUUGUGCAUUUGUGACAACUCAGCAUUACAUCAUGAAAUAAAAGCGUGUAGAAAUAAAGCAUUUGAUGUGUAAAAAUCCCAUAAAGUUUGAGAAAGUAGGAAGGCCUUUGAAUGAGAGACGUGCAUUGCCAAGUAGCCAUUGAAGCACAAAGUGAGUAACAACAGUAAUGAUUGAAAAAUAGGUCCCCAAAAGUGUUUUUUGACAAGUCCCCAACUGGAAACAUUUAUAGAAUUAGAUUUAGGGCAUUGUGUUAGAAUGUAAAGAAUUAGAUUUAGGGCAUUGCGUUGGAAUGUAUAGAAUUAGAUUUAG